CGAGUAAUGAUUCACAAGAAAAGAUAAAAUAGUUAGGCCAUAUGAACGGAAAACCCUAGCGAGUCCCGAAAGCUUAAACCCCAAAUCAGGUUAACGCUAGCUGCAGAACAGAGAGCUAUCGUUCUACAUUUUUGUUCAAGCAUAUCAACGCAACAACCUUCAAACUUAGAAGUCAUGGUUUGGUUUCAAUGCGAAGAUUGCGGUGACAAUCUCAAAAAACCCAAGUUGCCCAAUCACUUCCGAACUUGCUCCGCCAACAAGCUUUCGUGCAUUGACUGUGGCCAAAUGUUUGGUCGAGACACCGUUCAGAAUCACACUCAAUGUAUUACCGAAGCGGAAAAGUAUGGUCCAAAAGGCCAAGGCAAAACUUUGAAUGCUGCAGCUGCCAAGCCUGUCAAAGAUGGGAAGCAAAGGCCAGAAGUUGAUAUUAAUGUGGGUUUAUCUGAACGGCCUCCUUGGUUCUGUAGUCUCUGCAAUACAAAAGCUACAAGUAAGCAAGCGCUUCUUCUCCAUGCUGAUGGAAAGAAACACAGGGCAAAAGCCCGAGCAUUCCAUGCUUCGCAGCAACAACCAGUUCAGACCAAUAAUUCUGCCCCUGAUGCAAAGAGUGCAGUGGAGAUCGCUUCUAAUGGUACGACAAGCAAUGACAAAAAUGUGGAGCUUCCGAAAUCGCAAGAGUCUUCUGAACAAAAUAAUUUGAAACCAGGGAACGAAGAUUCAUCAGAGAAUAAAAAGAGGAAAGUUGAAGCAUUAGAGGGUGACCUUAUUAAAAAAUGCAAGAAUAGUACUUCUGUUAACGCGGAAAAUGGGGAAGUAAUUCAGGGAGAGAAGGCAGGAGAGAAGAAGUUGAAGAAAGAAGAGAUAGUAGCACCUCACUGUACAAGUGCUGUCAACAGCAAAAUAAAAUGGAAGAAGUUUAUCAAAACAGCCUUGAAAUCUCACCCUGAUGGAAUUUUGAAAAUGAAGAAACUGAGAAAAGUUGUCUUCAAAGCUCUGCAAGAAUCUGGUAUUGUAGUAAAUGAAAAUGAAUUAAGUGAGGCACUUGAGCAGCAGAUCAAUUCCAGCUCCAAAUUUGCAGUUGAGAACAAGUAUGUGCGAUUAGUGACCAAAGAUUGAACAUUGUUUGAGGUGUCAUGAUUAAGAGUUUACAAUUUUGUCUGCUAUUGUUUGAUAAACAUUCAUACUUCCAAAGUACCUCAGAAAUUUUUUGUGAACGUAUAAUUUUUAUAAUUUAUUUGCUUUGUGCAAAAUUCAGUUAUCAUCUUGUAGAAAAUAUUAUUUUCAUAACAUUGAAUAACAAUUAUCUAAUCA